CGGGGCCACACGGAGCACCAUGUCGGCGCUGGAUAACUGCGCUCUGCCGGGGUAAACAGGAGGAUGUAACCCGCUGGAAGCCUGCGGUCAGCCCCAUAGGAACAGGAAAUGACAGAAGCAGCAGCAGGUUUCAAGGUUCCAAGACAAAGAGAUCAUUUACCCACUGGUCCAACUCCUGGUUCUGGUUCUGGUGUCUUCAGAACUCCUGUCUGGCCUCUUGGUGUCCAACCCCUUACAUCCCACAUCACUGCAGCCAUGAUGUCCAAGUCCAUUCUGCUGAAGGUCAUCCUCCUGGGCGACGGUGGCGUUGGCAAGUCGUCCCUCAUGAACCGCUACGUCACCAACAAGUUCGACUCGCACCUCUUCCACACGAUAGGUGUGGAGUUCCUCAACAGAGAGCUGGAGGUGGACGGGCGACGGGUCACCCUGCAGAUCUGGGACACGGCGGGACAGGAGCGCUUCCGCAGCCUCCGCACGCCCUUCUACCGUGGCUCCGACUGCUGCCUCCUCACCUUCAGUCUGGACGACGGACAGAGUUUUCAGAACCUCUCCAACUGGAAGAAGGAGUUCGCCUACUACGCUGACGUCAAGGACCCCGACAGCUUCCCGUUUGUGGUGCUGGGCAACAAACUGGACGUCCCCGAACGCCAGGUGUCCGGGGAGGAAGCCCGCAGGUGGUGCCGGGAAAACGGAGGGCACCCAUACUUCGAAACGAGCGCCAAGGACGCGACAAAUGUAACGUCGGCCUUUGAGGAGGCGGUGCGUCGCAUUCUGGUGUCUGAAGAUAGAGACGAUCACCUGAUUCAGACUGACACAGUGAACCUGCAGAAGACGCCUCACCCUGAGCCCAGCUGCUGUUAACCUGAGGGACUCCAGGGUUUUGGUUGGGCCUUUUCACUGAUGCCACUGUACAGUUCUGCAUGCUACUAUUUAUGCUUAAACCUGGAUCAACAUUUUAAUGACAAGUUUUAGCUCAACAAUCAAAACUACACUACGUUUGGUUCACAUCUACUGAGGUUAUCUCUUCUGUUUGUAUCAGGGAAGCGACUAAGACCUAAACAACUGUGAUUAAAAUAUGUUGAUGCCUA